AUGUGGACCGUGCUCUUUGGCGACCACGAAGAGGCAGAAAACGAACCAGCGGAUGCAGCUGCUGCUACUUCCGCCGUCAAGACGCGCGCGCUGUCGCCCGAGGCUCCGACAGCGCCCGUGACGCCCGUGGCGUCUCCUGAGCCUCUUGUGGCCGCUCCAGAUGCACACGUGAGCGCUCCAAUUGGAGAAAAUUAUGGGAAUCGACGAGAGGAGAGCAAGGACUCGGCUAUGGCCAUGCUCCUGAAGCGACUGAACAACUUGAUGGUGAAAGUGGGACAGCACGAGUUUGAGAAGAAGACGCUGGUGGAUCAAAUGGUGAAGGAGAGAGCGUCGUUGGUGGCGCAGAUUGAGCAGCUGAAGCAGCAGGUGGAGGAUGUGAAAGAUCAGAACGUGCAGCUGCAGUACAAAGUCGAGUUUACGUCGGAACCUAUGCUCAUGGAGAAAGUGCAGGAUAUCACGGAUAUGCGCGACGCGCUAGCUGAUGUGAAGAAACAGUUGGAGGUGGAGCUUCACGAAAAGGAGAAAGAGUUGAAAGAGCUGAAGAGUGCUUUGAAGGCAAAGGAUAAGCACAUUGAUGAAGCUCGAGAAAAGUAUGUGAAGCAGACAAACGAUGUUGAAAAGCAGCUGAAGGAGAAAGAGCUGGCACUGCAGAAAGCCACGGAGCAGAAAGCAGGAUUUGAAGCAUCCUUGGUCGAGAAGGAGCACACUCUGAAUGCAGUCGAAGCUACAAAGGCGGAGGUGCAACAAAAACUGGUGGAGGUUUUGUCUCAAAAUGAGGUGUACGCGAAAGAACUUGAACAGCUGCAACGAGAGUUGGAUAAAGUUGCUUGUGAACGGGAGCAGACGAUGCACCAAGUGCUAGAUGACGACCGACAGAAGCUGGAGAUUCUGGAGAAGCGCGCACAGGAACAAGAAGCACUUGCCGUUGAAAAGGCGCAAGAGUUGGAAGAUUAUAAACACGACUGUGUGGAGCUGUGGAAGACGAAUGAGGAGUUGAAGCAGCAGAUUGCACUCGCGUCUGCUGCAGCUAUGACCAAGCAGGCGGAGUUUCGAGAAAAUGCGUUGUCAGGUCAAAGUCAUCUACAAGCCAAGGUGAGCGAGCUAGAAAGCCAGCUUGAAGAGCUACAGGGAGAACUCGGUCGGAAGGACAAUCAGAUUGCGAAGCUGCAGACGGGGAUAGAGAGCCGCGCUGUUGUCGAUGAAGCAGGUUCAGGAGAGGACGACGACAAGUUUGUGGUGGUCGAAGGUGGCGAAGGCGCUAUUGGUGUGCUAACGGAGCAGGUUGCGACUGCUCAACGCGAGUUGACCGAGUCCAUGGAGCUGAAUCUGCACUUGAACAACCGCAACGCUUGGCUGGAAGAGCAGUACCAAAUGCUGUCUUCGGUGCAGUCAGAAGGCGACGAUGAGCACGAAAGCGCAGAUCUUAUGAGACACUCGAUGGAGGAACGCGGUGCAGCGCUAGAGCAGGAGUUACAGGAAGCUCAGCAUGCUGCGAACGAGAAGGCAGAGCACGUGUCGAAUUUGGAGCGGAAUUAUAGUGCCCUAUCGACUGAAUUUAAUCGCCUUCGUUCUGCACACGACGCUCUGGUUGAAGUCAAGCAAGUCGACGAAGCUGCGCUAAGCAAUCUGAGGCAGGAGCUGGAUUCGCUUCGCUCUUUAGAGGUAAGCGCUGUCGAGAAGGACCAAGCACUUUUUACAAAGGACCAGGAGCUGGCAGAACUUCGCAUAGCAAACGCCGCGCUGUCUGGCAGUGUUGAGCACUUGCGCGACACCACGAGCCAAUUGCAGCAAACUCAUGGUGCGUUAGUACAGGCGCAGAAGAGUCUUGUCGAAGCCGAAGCUACCAACUCAGAACUUAAGCGCGAGCUAGUCGAACUGAGGGAGAUCGCUGAUGCUGCGUCGGCGAGCGACGAGCGUGCCGCUGCGGCUCAGAAUGAGCUCAAUCAGGUCCAAUCGGAAAAAAGUGAACUGGUCGCGGAGUUGGCUCGUUCUCAUCCUUUUGUCAACGAUUUACAGCUGAGAGUUCAGGAGCUGGAAGGCCAUGUAGACAACCACAUGAAUGAGAAGAGGACACUAGAGCAACAGCUUCGGAACUUACAGGAGAUGGCGCAGGAGAAUAUGGACAGUUCCUUUGAGCUCCAAUCGAGCUUGGAAUCUACCAUGGAGGAGUUGGAAAAGACUCAAAUACAAAUGCGAGCUGAGCAGGAGAAGUGCAAGAGCCUCCAACAGGAAGUUGAGACAGUCAAGCAGUCGUCUGUUCCUCGCGAGGAGCUCGAUCGUGCCCAGAAUGAAAUCGCAAGCCUGGAACUAAAGAUACGUCACUUUCACGAUCUGGAGCAGUCUCUGACUCAACAGUUGCAGGAUGCGGUACACUCAAAGGACGAGGUUGCCGCGGAACUGCAGACAGUGUGCUCGGAGCGCGUCGCUGCUAACGAAGAAUACAAGACACUGAAGGCAUUGUAUGAACAGGCAGCAGCGCAGCUGACCUCCACACAGUCUUCGGCAAGCGAGCUGCAGCGCUCAAAUGAUGAUCUGACGCACUCAUUGGAGCAGGCUCGUGCCAAGGUGAUGCAAACCGAGCAGCAGCUUAACGCGAUGCGUGCAGAGCAUGGUGACCUACAGAGGCACGUCGAGUCACUGGCGAAGAAGAACCUAUCGUUGGUGUCCGAGAUUCAAAGUAUGCGAGACGAAGCCGACAACCAGCAGACGGUAGUUCGCGGUCAACUUGAGAAGCUUAAAGUGGCAAAUGCCGACGUCGAGGGUCAGCUCGCAGAGGCUACUCAGGCACUUCGUGAUAAGGACACUGAGAUUGCUGCUGUAACCCUACGCAGCCAGAAGGACAUGGCGCAACUCGAGGAUCUUGUCAGUCGCUUUAAAGCAGACAGGCAGAGUUCCGAGCAGAGGUUAGCACAGCUCAAUGCUGAAUGUGAGCACCUUCGUCAAGCUCAUAGUGAGGUAAAGACGAUGGUAGACCGCUCUCGGUAUGAUCUGGAGCAGGUGCGCGCGCAAUUGCAUGCGACUACGCAAGAAAAAGCGUCGUUAGAAGCGAAAAUUGACCAGUUGCGCGGUUCCAACGAAGAAAUAGCACAUUUGCGUGAGCAGCUGGAUGAGCACAAGCACAUGCACCAGAGACUGGAGGAGACGAACCGGGACUUGAAUGACUUGUUGCAGAAAUCCAAGGCAUACUGCGACGAGCUGUCCCGUGACAGCGAGGACAAGAUCAGCCGUGUACGGGAGUUCACCCGCCACGUGGAGCAGGAAGCGCGUGACGAGAUUGACCGUAUCGCGCACGAAAAUGAAUUGCUUCGAGACGAGUUGGCGCACUUGGCCCGGACGCGCUUUGAGGAGACCAACGCGCUCGAUGAGUUCCGCGUGAAGCUUGCUGAGCUGCAGGCCGAAAACAAUGUGCUGUCGGCGCGUGCUUGUCGUCUAACGCAGCAGUUGUCGCAGUACACGGAUCUUCCAGAAGAUGACGAGUUGGCAGCGGGAGAACAAGGCCCAGCGCCAGAUCUGUGGAAGCUGCUUUCCUCGGGUAUGGAGCAGCUGAAGGCUGACCUGGAGCUUGCCAGUAAAUACGCAGCUAGUAUCGACGCUGGAAGUGUCGAUGGUGGUAUGGGGGACGAAUCCUUCACGAAUGCAAGCUAG